AUGACAAUCUCUGACAAAACACUUAAUCGUGCACUCGCCUAUGCUAAAACACAUUACCUUUGUUGCAAAAUAUGCACUGGAUGGUUCUUUUGCGUGGGUUUACUCUCAAUAAUUGCGGGAAGCGUGCUGGCUGUCCUAUUCAGAAACCGAACAAAGUGUAGUCGCGUCAUCUUCUCUGAUGGCAAUUUGGAACACCUCCACAAAGAAGAUCUGACAGACAUAAACGAAAAUGAAGUCAUGUACGUCCACCAAUAUCCUGAAUUGGACAGUAAUACAUUUUUUUAUUUUAUUUAAAGGUGCCUUAUUUCCCUAUAUGCCGACAAGUAGUCAGGUGUUUGGAUGUAUAGUAGGUGGGUUAACUCUUGAAAUGCAAGCCGAAAAUCUGAAAUUUGUUUUCGACAUGGAAACGUUACUUAGGCAUGCUUUAAAUGCUAAUCCCCGUGAAACAUAAUUAUAACAGAUGUCAGCUUUCGAACGAGCCUCUUUUCGGGUGCCUGAAAAAUCUGUAACUUAAAUAGUAUGAAUUUUCCCCAUCGAUUGUAAAUGACCUUAAAAAAUGCAAAUGAAUUUCAUAAAAAAUACGCGUAAAAUUGUUCGAUUUUUUACUUAUUCAGAAGAAAAUUACGUCUUAUUUAAAUUGUACCCUUUAAAACACAUUCCCGAAUUUCGGCUAAAAUUUCAUGAAUUAGAACAUCUACUCUGACAGCAAUAAACAGAAGGCAACUUGGAAUGACCACUCCUGGUACAUUUGUUUACAUCUGCUGCUCAUAUCUCCUCCUCUCUCCACUCCUGAAAGCGCUGAUAUUAUAUGCCGGCUCAUUUUUCAGCAGGUGUCAUUUAAGCGAUCUGGGUAGAGAAUCUUGACUUUUAAUGUGUUAUCCUCAGCGAUUAUUUAUACAUAUUCAAUCAGGAAAGGGCGCACACCGAUCUAUUGACUUCACGAAGAAAACAAGCUCCGUAUGGGUGGCAAAGGUCACGAACAGGCAACCAAUUACCAGUCCGAAGUCGGCCAAGUCAUACUAGCAGCAAGGAGGGACGACAGGGAAUGCGAGCAGAUUGAUACAGUACUGUUUGGGGCUUAUUGUUCCUACAUUCAGCUAAUCAUAACCCUGACCACCAGCAGCUGAGACCAGAAACACAAACAUGCGCACAGACGCACCUGGCGCAGUCGGUCCACCACUGAGGCCUACCAGAUGGGUCAUAAGCACUUCAUCGAACCGAAGUUCAUCAGCGCCUCGCCUCCUGUCAUUCUCUGUCGCUGCAGAUAGGGUAUUUAUCAAUAAGGAAUGGGCGCACAACGAUCUAUUGGCUUCACAAAGCAAAUAAGCUAUGUAUGGGUGGCAAAGGUCACGAACAGGCAUAAAAAUGUUUGAUCAUUUACUUAUCCAGAAAACAACUAUGUCUUCUUUAAAUUGUAUCCUUGAAAAUACAUUUCACAAUUUCGACUAAAAUUUCAUGAAUUAAAACAUCGACUCUGACAGCACUAAACAGAAGGCAACUUAGAAUGACCACUUCUGGUACAUUUGUUUACAUCUGCUGCUCAUAGCUCCUCCUCCCCCCAAUCCUGAUAGCGCUGAUAUUAUAGACCGGCAAAUUUUUCAGCAGGUGUCAUUUCAGCGACCUGGAUAGUAAAUUUUGAGUUUUAAUAUGUUAUUCUUAGCAACUAUAUAUGCCAGCAUGCAGUUGGACCGUUUUUAAUAAACUCCUAAGUACCCUACUGCAGUGGAGAAAUUCAUCCUUUCGAAAUGAUUAUAUUGGCAUGCAGCUAUGACCGAUAACUGUUUUUUGUCCAGGAUUUUCACCUGUGGGCUAGUUCUGCUGGCAGUUGGUAUUGCGUUUAAUUUGAUCGGAAGCAUCUGUGCUGCCUGCGUCUGUUGUGGACGCAAAACAAACAAACGAAAGAACUUCCAACCACCACCACCACCACCGCGCAUACAGGUGAGCCACCUUGUUUGAAUUUUAUUUUAGUAGAAUGAGGGUCCUUUUUCAAAUUAUAACACAUUGGGUAUUUUUGCCUGCAGAGUAUAAAUUUAGUGUCUAAAACUACUGCUGCAUGUAUUUUGCGAAUUUUUUCCAACUAUUACUGUCUUAAGGCAUAAUCACUCUGUUGGGAAAGUAGCGUUCUCAGUAGCUGCCAAUUGGCUGCAUAUCCAAAACUUGUCUUUAUUACGCAUCAGAAUAGUCGUCCAGACAGGAGCAGUGCUUCAACUAGGAGUUGGAAUGAUAAAAUUGCGACCCUUCAUUGAUAUUUUGGCAGAUUUGGAAUAAUUCAUAUUGAUUAAACUGUGAAAAACUCUGCGCCUCGGUGGGAUUCGAACCCACGUAGUAAGGGGAAGGCUUAAGCGCAGCCAACGCUCUAACCACCUAAGCUACGAGGCCCCGCCGGACGACGCGAGUUUAAUCAUAUUUGGGUCAAGUUACCCGCCCAACCUACCGCAACGUCUGGAAUCCAUCUAAUCUGUUACAGUAAUUUGACUGCCCAAGCAGGAGCGUUGGAGCAAUCUGCGUACAAGUCAUUUCAUAUAUAGCGAAAUUAUCCACCUGACUAUUCUGCGUCACAUUUGUUUUUCGAGUACAUUUCCUUUCCAAAUGCUCCUCUGAACGUUAAGUAAUUUAGGUCGGAGAAAUGUACUCAUAAGAAUUACUAGUCACAAAAUCACUGUAGAUUUGCUUUCGCGAAUUGGUUAAUGUUUUUUGGCUAACAUGUGCGUAGAGUGAGUGACUGACCUCAUGGAAUAAUGGCUAAAAUUCUUAAAUGCAAUUUCAGUGAAGAAGGAUACUUUAGGCGAGAGUUUACUAUUGAUUAGCUUCCGGCAUAAUCCUAUGAUAUUUCGGACUCGGCAGGAUGUCAGCUUUUGAAGAGACUCCUGUAAAUGUCCUGCUCAGUAAAAAAAUGACUACUUAUGUAGCGUGUACUUUUCUCAUUUGUUUUUGAUGCUUUUGCAAAUACAAAUACAACUUACAGAAACCAGAAAACAAACAUUGGCUUUCUUUCAGUCGUUUAAUAGAAAAUAACGUUAUCCUUAUCUUUUUAAUGACGAAGGGUAUAAAUAGGUUUUAAAAAAGUUCCUAACUGUGUGAUUUUCAAGACAGUCAGUGUCCAUUGACUUAGCUUCGUACCUGUCCGCCUACCACUGCUUCUCAUGAAAAGUACGAUAUAGUCCGCAUCUAUUGCAAAAUUUAAUGGACUCUUUAUGGUAUAUUUUUAACGGAAUAGAAAAAUUUGUGAUUUUUUACGCGUACCACAUGCAUCUUGUAGACUGAAAUCACUAGGCGCUAAUGCAGCGAGUGAUCAGGCUCCAAAUUAUUCGGAAGUUAAAAACAUUUCUUGAAAUCUUAGUAUAUCCCUUCAUUUAUUAAACGUCUAGAUAACUUAUUUAUAUAUCAAAUGAUUGAAAAAAGCCAAUUUCGUUCUUGUCUUUUGUAAGAUGUACUUGAUGAUGCAAGACCAUCAAAAACCAAUGAGUAAAAUGCACACUAAAUAAGCAGUACUUUUUUACCAAGAACUGCUUCUACGGGAGAUUGAAAAGCAGCGUAUGCAAAAGUUGACAUCCUGCCGAAUCAGAAAAAGUAUAGGGUUAUGCCGCAAGAUAAUCAGUUUUACAACCGCACCUAAGUAAUCCUUCUCAAUCAUAAACACAUUUUAAAAUUUCAGCCAACAUUUCAUGAGAUCGGUCACUCAAUUUACAUUCAUUGUUGAUACCCAUGCAAACGUUUAAGAAGUCGAGUCCGACAAGCAUAUGCUUUUGGGACUGUACAGUGAUAUAAGGUUGGACAGCAUAGUGGGCGUUAAACAGCUAAUAAACUUCAGCAUUGAGGGAGAGGACUGAGGGGCGUUCAGAGGUGAUGACUCAGAUUUCAGUUCUGUCGAGGGGUUAGGGGAGCGGAAGGAAAAGGGUGUCUGACGAUUACCUGUGGCUCACGUGGUUUACGGCAGCCACCGGGUAGACUUCAACCAAGCAUUCCGAAUCAUCUACAAAGUAUCGACGAGAUACUCAAAAUUCCUGCGUCAGCGGAUACUUGCAACAGCAAAGGCAGUGGCCAUGCGAUUAGCCAACCCAACCGUGCGCUCGCAUAAAGCGUUUGUACAAGCGCUCAAACCCCCUCUGGGAAAAGACAAACCUAGCAUGUGUAUUCAUACCCGCCAUUCCGAGUAACAGCGAUGAAACUGGGCCAGCAAUGGCCAGACACCUUACCACUCCGCCUCCCUAAGCCCCAGACAGAACUAGAAUCUGACCUCUGAACGCCGCUCAGCUCUCCUUACCAUACUGACUUUUAUGAGCUAUUUAGCCUCUGUUAUUCCGCCCGCCCUUAUAUCGCUGUACAGGCCUGAUGGCGAAUAGUUGAAAAUAUACUUCUUAAAUGUGUGUUUAUUUGUAAGGCAGCGUUAAUAAACAAAUCUGAACCGAGAGGACAACGGGCCUGGGGCUCAAUGGUUAGGGCUUCGCACUUUGAAACAACAGAACGCGGGUUCGUGUCCCACGGAUUGUAUGAUAGCGAGGUUUUGUAUGGCUGGCUGGUGGUGGCUAACCAGCCAGAAAUGUGCACUCCAACCUUUCUUGUCGAUAAUCCAGAAGAGCAUUUGGCGAGCAUUCGCAGGCUUUAGAUAAAUUCUCAAUGGGCCAGUACACUUACAAUAGGUGGGCUAACUCAUUAAAUCUCAACUGAAAUUCCAAAAUGACUUUUCGUUUCGAAAAGAUUAAUUAAGUAGAAUUGUAAAUAUAAUCGUCAUGCACGCUAACUUAAUAAAAAAUUCCGUUAUCUCUGGACGCCCGCUUUUGAACUUACCUCUUUCCGGCAACAACUUAAACCAUACCUUGUAAAAAAUGGCUACUUAGCUCACAUGCAUUUAUUUCACUGAUUUUCGAUGCCGUUCAAGAUUCAAUUAUAUUUAAGGGAAAACAAGCAUAAAACCAUUCAUUCUUUUGCUCAUUCAGUAGGAAAUAACAUUUUAUUGUCUUAUUUAGUUUACGUCUCACAUCUAGCUACCUUAGGGCUAUCUUAAAUUGUAAACUUAAUCUACAUGAGAUUUACAUUUCUCUUAAAGUGUGUUUUAUGUUGAUAAUUCACUGGCUCAAUUAUUUUUGAAAGUUCACCUAUUUUAUCGUUAAAAAAUUACGAACUGUGAUCUGGCGAGUGUCCAUGCAUACACAGAAACGUCAUGCUAGACAACACUUUGGAGAAGGACCUGUAUAACUUGCUCUCAUGAAAUCUAAUAAAACUGAGACCGAUCAAAACUACAUCUUCUGGUUUUUGGUCCACUUGACCUAAAGUUACCAGUGUGGCUGAAUAAUGCCUAUCUGCCGUUUGUAGUCAAUCGGCUAUAGCAUUUGUCAGAUAAAAGAAGCCAGUCCAGAACGCGAAUUAAAAAAUAAUGUUUUUAUAGAAAACAUCGCAAGGGAUCUUUUGAAAUAUUUCGGCGAAGUGUGUCAGCUAAAGGGGCUGCAUCUAACAUUUCAAAUCUUCCAAACCCAAUUUCUAAUUUAUGGCAUGCCCAAUUUCAGUAAAGGUCGUGUUAUCGGUGUCUCGAGAGUAUGUAAAAAUUUUCCCAAAUAUUUUAAGGCUCUCAAUUAGUGAAGACAAAUAGGCCUUCACUCACUUCAAAUUACCGUGGUUACUUUUAAGAUUCUAAGAAUUCACCACUUGUUUGACCGCCGGAAACUUGCUGAGUACCGACCUUCAAUCGAGAACCGAGAACCCUCGAGACCUGAUAUUAAUCAUUUGCCGUCUUUAAAACCUUGCCAUAAAAGUGUUCUUUUUGGUUUUACACUUACCUUCUAUCGUCGUUUGCUCUUCAUUUCUAUCUAGCUGCCUGUGAUUAAACCACUUAACGUCUCUUCUGCCUAUGAGGAAGAGCAUUCAUCGUCCCCUCCUCAGAAACCCCCAUCUUAUGAGGCAACUUUGCAGACGUCCAACCUAUCUACUGCGGGACACACUGAUACCACUGUGCCCUCCGCUCCAGCAACGGAUCAUCUACCACUAAAGAGCUAG